AUGGUUCGUCGUCGAAAUAAUCUAUCAAUGAAGAAAAUUUCACAUCAUAAUACAGAUACAAUAGAACAAACAUCAUCAUCAACUAUAUCAAUGAUUAAACAAAAUCCAACAGAAAAUCUUGAUGAUGAAACAAAAUUAGCUAAACGUCAUUUAACAAAAGAAAUGUGGCAACUUGUUUCAAUAGCUGUUAAACGAAUGGCUGAUGAACUUGUUUCAAUUUCAAAUAAUCAACAAAUAGUAACACGUAUAAUUAAUCCAGAACAACAAACAUCAAUUAUACCUAAUAAUCAUCAAACAACACUUAUUGAAACAAAUAAUAUUCAUCAUCAACAAUCAUCAUUAAUACCAACAAUUCAACAACCAAUAAUAACAAAUACAGGUGCAGGUGAUAUACCUUGUGUUAAGGAAAAAUCGAUGGUUGUUAAAGAACCUAUUAAAAAACGUACAUUACCAAUUCAAAUGUUAGAAUCAUCAUUACAUAUUAAGAAAAAAGAACUUAGUAAUAAUGCAACACGUCGACCAAUUAAAUCUAAAAUACAAAAUAAAUCAUCAUCAUCAUCAACAACAAAAAAGAAUGGAAAAAUAAUAACAAAACGUUUACGUAAUAAUUAUAAAUUAAAAUAA